AUGGGUGACCCCGCGUCUCCUGCCCCCUCCAAAGAGGGAUCCUGGGCCUUUACCUCACUGAGCUGGUCUCGUAUGUACAGCUGGUGGAACGGUUAUGUUCAUUCAGAUAGAAACACCGACAUCUGUGGGUGCACUCUUUGGACUUUUCCCUCUCUUACCUCGAGAAUUUCAGUGGAGCACGGACUAAGCAAGUUAUUUCGGUGGCAGGCAGAGCUUCUAAGCCUUUUCGCGCUGCAAAACUGGCGUGUGAAGGUUGUCACGCAUGCUCUCUCAGCUAUGCAGCGGCCUCCCAGCUUGGUUAUUGUACAAUGUGGAUACCAGCAGCCAAGCCCUGCAGGAGCCCAGGAGGCGAAAGAGCUGGGAGGGUAUUCUCCCGAGCAUAACGUAAUAUGGAUAUGUGGCAACCGCCUCUGGUCUCCAUUCAAUUUCAGACGGGUGUUGUUGCAUGAGUUGCUUCAUGCGUUUGACUUCGCGCGUGCAAAGAUCGACACUGAUGACUGCAGCCAUAUUGCGUGCACCGAAAUCCGUGCCAUCAAUCUUUCAGAGCAGUGUGGCUUGUGGGCCUCGAGAAAUCUCACACCAGCUGUCUUGGAUCAGCCGUUGGACAAACAUUUGCUGCUGAAAUACUCGGCGUGGAAGAGUCACUCGCUUCACCAGCAAGCGGCUGCAGCUAAGAUGCUUUCAGAUGAGGCGGCUGUAGCGGCUGUGGAUGCUGCUAGGAUAGCAGCAGCAUCGGUAGGCUCCGAAUCAGCAGUAGGAAUUGCGGCAGAGAGCAAUGCUGCUGUGGCAGCGUUAAACAAAGCGGAGCAGCUCGCUGCUCGUACUGCAGCAUUUGCAAAGGCUGCACAGGCCGCCGAUGAGACUGCCGCCACCGUGGCUUCCCCGGAUGUACCACUUUGGGAGAGGAGCAAGAGGAACGCAUGUGUUGCAAGGCAAGCCUGGCUUUCCGUGCAGCAACAGCCGCAAUGCAGGCAUCAUGGAACUGCGGUACGUUGUGCAUUACAAGUGGAAGCAGCGGUGGCCUCGGUUUUCAGCAGGUGCCUUGCUGACACUUGGCCCUUUGAGCACCCUCCAGAGUUUGACUCCCGGUUUCGUCCUUCACGUAUCUAUGAAGAACACUCCGAAGCUCUAUUUGGGCUAUGA